UUUGUCCAUAUUUGACUUUACUAAGCCACUCCGUGGAUCUGCUGGAAAAAUAUUAUCCACCAAGCGUUUGUAGCGAGGUCUUAGAUUUCCAAAACAAGAACAAAUAUGAGACGUCGCCAUUUUUCCUUCCUCCUGAUUUACUAUUCGAAAUGGACUUUACAUUGCGCAUGCUCUGGUGAAUGCCGCUGWAUACAUGAACAAUGGGCGCGAAGUUCAAAAUGGCGGCCGACACGAAAUAUAUUUUWUCUCAAUUUCUCCAAAAACAUUGCUAAAAUUGUAGAAUUUAAAGACACAAAGAAAUGUGAGACACAGUUCAGAGUUUUCAGCUGCCUGUCUCAGAUUUAUUUGGCUUAACUAAAGCAGACAGAGUGAUAUUUUAGAAAGAGUCGUCUUGUAGCUAAGGUAACGUGUUUUACAACGGUCCUGUCAAAAAGAGUUCGAGACGGAACAGUUUUUGUGAUGGCUGAAUUAAAAAGAGUUGCAACACCCGUAGACAAUACAAUGACUGUUAUCCAUAAAGGAGAAGAAAUAUCAAGACCUUGUUCUAGUACCAGUGCUUCAAGAAAACCUCUUAAAAAGGCUACCUCUGAAGGCCUUAUAUCACUAUCACCAGAACCUGGCCAGGUAAAAUUUGAAACUCCCCCUCCAAGGCCAAGUUCAGGGGGGUCACGCUGUGGUAGUGCAGGAAGAGUUGAGAAAAAACUCCAAGUUCUCAAGAAAAAAGAUGAGGGACAGCUUGAACCAACAGAUAAAACUACACUUGCUACAGUACUUAAAGAUAAUGAUGCAGCUUUGGGUAAGCUCAAACCAAAGUCUCCACUUGAGCAGAAGCCCAACACCAAAGUAGAAUCAGAUCCUGAAAGUUCAGAAGAAUCAGAAACUGAUUCUGAUGAAAGUGAUACAGAUUCUGAAGAAAAACCCAGUGCACCAAUAGAAAUGAAGGGAGAAUUUCUAAAAUGUGUCAUGGAUGAAGAUUAUGAAAAAGCAAAAGAUCUUUGCCUGAAAAUAUUGCUGGUUGAGCCUGACAACAGUGUAUGUACUGAGUUUCAUGGAUUAAUUGUGAAGAAAAUGGAGCAGGAAAAAGAAGCUGAAGAGACCAAAAGUGAUGAUGAUGAAGACUCAGACUCAGAAGAUGAGGAUGAUGAGGAUGAUGAUGAUGAYGAUGAUGAUGAUGACGACGACGAUGAUAGUAGUAGUGAGGAGGAAAGUGAAUCUGAUUCUGAUGAUGAAUUCACUGUUGAACCAGGACUAAAUCUUAUCAUGGGAGGAUUGCCUAUAAAACCCCAACCAAAUUAAUUACUUUGAGUAAAGGAAAGCUUUAUAAUAUUUAGAUAUAACUAAUGACAAACGGUGAAUUUACAAUGUCAGCUGGGGUCUAAACUCAGUUUGUAUAUUAUUUUGCGCUGUCAUUUACUGCAGUUUUAUUGUACAUUGCCACCAGUUGAUACAAUACUGUUUGAAUUGUUAUAGGUGGCCAGUCUGGGCAAAAACCACAAUAUACUUAUUAGUUGCCAAUUGACUGUCACCAAUCACCUAAACAGCUUUGCUCGACUUAUUGUCAGUUGGCUUGAAAACAAGACCAGCAGUAUUGAUGGACUGCACUAUUUCUAAUGCUCCAUUUUUGAAUUCAAAGAGAAUGAUUGUUGUUGUAUUUGACAAUAGAAUUUCUUGUACAAAGAACAUAACAAUAGCAAUACAAUUACAAUAGCCUUCAAAAUUUUCAUUUUUUAUCAAAUUAAGACUAAUCCUGUAUUCCCAAAGGAAUAAAAUUUUAAACUUCUGGCUGGAAAUACAGGGUUAGCCUCUAGGGAAACCUGCAAAUUGUUAGGGCUAUUGUAACUACAACAUUUUCUUGUGCUAUCUUUUUUGGUAUGACAGGGUUUGUGCUACAUUUUCACUGCAAAAUUCAAGUACUUUUUAAGCACAAAAAUGUGAUUUUCAAGGAGUGUUUUAGAAGAUAUUUCUCAAUGUUUGCAGAAGUCUCAAGUGGCGAUUUUCAAAAACAGCCACAUUUCAAUCCAAAAGCUAACGAGUAACAAUGUCAAUUUUAUCAGAUUCAAGGAGUUUUUCAGGAGCUUCAACAAUGUUCCCAUUUUCAAGGGCUUUCAAGCGCCCUUGAAAAUCAAGGACUUCAAGAAGUACSACGAACCCUGGUAUAAGAUCAUUGCAUGCAGUGAUUUUUGUCAGUGAUGAUGGCACCAUAGAAUGUAAGCAGAAAUGUAAAUUUGCUAAAAAGCAACAACAACUAUGAAAUAAAAUCGUUUUAUUAGUU